CUGACCUCCUGCCCCGAUGUCCUGCCAGCAGAACCAGCAGCAGUGCCAGCCCCCUCCCAAGUGCCCCUCGCCCAAGUGCCCCCCAAAGAGCCCGGCACACUGUCGGCCUCCAGCCUCCUCCUCAGGCUGUGCUCCCAUCUCCGGGGGCUGCGGGGGCCCCAGCUCUGAGGGCGGCUGCUGCCUGAGCCCCCACAGGCGCCGCCGGUCCCACCGAUGCCGGCUCCUGGGCUCCGACUCCUGUGACGGAGGCAGUGGCCUGCAGUCUGGGGGCUCUGGCUGUGGCCAAGGCUCUGGGGGCUGCUGCUGACCUGGGCUCCUGAUGCUGAGACAAGCGAUUUCGAGGAAACAAGAAUCCAAAGGCUGAAGAAUAAGCCCCAGCCUGAGGCAUCCUUCUUAAACACUGCAUUCUCUCUUGCCCAGGCUGAGCUGGGAGAUGCUUCCACGGAGCGUUCCCAGCUCUCCCUAAAUGGUCUUCCAGUUUGACGUCCAGAACCUCACA